AUGGUGAGGGACUCGUCGUCGGCCUGCGGCGGCGCAGCGGCGGCGGGAGGUAGUCCGCCGCCGUGGCUCGGCGGUCUUCUGGCGGAGGAAGGCUUCUUCUCCGGCUGCGCCGCCCACGAGCACCGGAAGAAGAACGAGAAGAACAUCUUCUGCCUUGGUUGUUGCAGAAGCAUCUGCCCCCACUGCGCUGCCUCCCCCGCUCAUCUCUCUCAUCCUCUCCUCCAGGUACCCAACCUCCUGUCCGCCAUGACACAUCUCGCCACCGAGCUCAAAUUAUUUCCCCCCGCAGUUUUCCGAGAGACUGAAAGGAUUUUGUUUCAACCUCUGAAACAGCGAAAAAGCCAGAGUUUUUGCUCCCCGAUAAAUGAUUCCCCAUUCACGAUUUACCCAGAGUUUCACAGAGGAUUUCCCGGGACAUUUCCUUUUCUUGGGGAGCUUUUGCCGGGGCUUGCUCCUCCGUUUCCCAGGAUCUUCCUGUUGAUGUUUCUUCAAUUGGAAGGCAUCUGUCCAUCCGAUCAGCUUCAUCCCUACCGCCUUUUCUACUGUUCUUGCUGCGCCUGCGCCUGCAGCAGCACCAUUCAGUCGCCCUCCUCGGAAUCAAUUCCCCUCUGCCAUGAAAGAACAGGUGGAAGGGCAAGCAGAGCCGGAGAUUCUUCUCCUGUUUUCACCAAUUUCAUCCACCAGCUUUCUCCGGAAUUAAAAAUCUCGAUUUCAAGAACCACCACCCCAUCCGGGUAGAAACGGCCAUCCAUAAAGUUCAGAUUUUUCUCACAGACCUCUGCAUCAUUCUCCGAUUUUCUUUGAACUGGUGUCGAUUAAUUCCCCAAUUUGAGAUUUUUCUUGGAUGAACUCUUCUGGGUGUCCAACAUACAUCCACUCAAUAAAUGGAAGCCCUGCUGCCGCCCUCGCCCAAUUACUGCCGCCCUACUUUUAACUUCUCCCCCAAGGAAAAAGCACCGGGCUCUUUCCACCUUGAUGAAAUGGGAAAAGAUGUUUCUACCCCUCCCAGUUUCUUGUCCAGCAUCCGCAAUGGGAAGGGCAUUGACGGCACUUCUUUCCUCUUUUGGUGGCCCUCCUCCUACAGAGGCUUGCGCCCCUUGGGGGGGGGGGGUGAUCAAGAAUCCAAGGCCCUGGUUUACUAACAGCGUGGUAUUCGCUUGACUGGCGGUAGAGUUUGAUCUGAAAAAUUCGACUGGAUUCUUCUACUUCUUCCAGUUCACUGAGAAACUCCAUCUUCUUUUCUUGGCUGUUGCGGCAGGUGAGGAGAUACGUAUACCAUGACGUGGUGCGGCUGGACGACUUGGAGAAGCUCAUCGACUGCUCUUACGUUCAGGUGUUCUUCCUCCCCGUUCUUUCGAGCUCCUUCAUGGAGAUGUUGAGCUCUCUCUGGCUCUUCUUCUUCUUCUGACGCCUGUUCUUCGGUUGCGGUCGGCAAUGGCAGCCCUACACCAUUAACAGCGCGAAGGUGGUGUUCUUGAAGCAGCGGCCGCAGUCGAGGCCUUUCAAGGGCUCCGGUAACUUCUGCUGGACCUGCGACCGGAUCCUCCAGGAGCCCUUCCACUUCUGCUCCCUCUCCUGCAAGGUCUUCUUCUUCUUCUUCUUCUUCUUCUUCUCCUGUCUGGUUCAAAAACCCUGGAAGCUGAGACUGAAGAAUCUGAGUGAGGGCUCUUCUCCAGUCUCUGCAAGUUCUCUCAAAGAUUAUGGGUCUGAAGAAUUCGAGGGAGUGGUCUUCUCCGGUCUCUGCAAGUUCUCUGAAAGAUUUUGUUGCAGGUAGAGCAUGUGAUGGUGCAAGGGCAGGAGAUGGGGGCCCUGAGAGCUGACGCCGGCGAGGACGACGGCCAGAUCACGCCGGUCUCAACGCUGGAAGGACCCCAGAACGCCGGUGGCAGCUCCGGCGGGUCCAGCGACUCCGGCAAGGGCAGCUCCGGCAGCUCCGGUGACUCCGCCAUGAAGAAGAUGGGUGGCGGCGGCGGCGGAAGCGGGUUCUUCCCCAAGAUCGUUUCCUCCAUCGGUAAUCGGAGGAAGGGCGCCCCCCACCGGGCACCUCUCUGCUGA